ACAGGAGAGGAAAAUGAUACAGAAAAUAAUAAAAUUGUACUAGAAAAUAACAUAUUCAAUAAACGAAUAAGUGAAAAUAGUAAUGAUGAUGCAUCUGUCAAAAAAAUGAAAAACAACAGCUGCACCGAAAAAAACAUUAUCUUAUCAAAAACAACGGAUACUUUGGAUGAAAGCAACUCGAUGUCUUCUGAAAAUAUUACACAGAAAAUAUCAAAUGCAGAAAUUAAAAGUGACGAUAAGUUAUUGCUAUCUGAAAAUGAUGAAUCCAAUACAAAUAAUAAAGAAACAGAAGAGCAAUCCCUAAAUACAAACGAUUUUCAAAGCAAACAAAAUUCAAUACAUGGCAAUGAAAAACCGUAUACAUGUAAUGUAUGUGGUAAGAGUUUCCGUCAUGCCAGUUUAUUGAAGAGACAUAUUACAAUACAUACUGAGAAAAAAGAGUAUGUAUGUAAUGAUUGUGGUAAAUGCUUCAAUAGUUCGGAUAAUUUGAAUAGACAUACUAAAAGAGUACAUGUAGGUGAAAGGAAGUAUCCAUGCAAAGUGUGUGGAAAGAGUUUCUUCGAUUCUAGUAAUAUGAAGACACAUAGCAGGACACAUACGGCUGAAAAACCUUAUUCUUGUGAUAUAUGUGGGAAAUGUUUCAAUAGAUCUGGUGACUUGAAAAGACAUAAUAGUAUACAUACUGGUGAAAAGGUAUAUUCAUGUAAAAUAUGCGGUAGGGGUUUUAAUCAAUCAAGUGCAUUGAAGAGACAUAAUGCAAUACAUACCGGUGAAAGAGGCUAUGCAUGUGAUAUUUGUGGUAAAAAAUUCAAUAGUUCUGACAAUUUGAAAAGACAUUGUAGAAUACAUACAGGUGAAAAGAGGCAUUCAUGUGAUGUGUGCGGUAAAAGUUUCUAUGAAUAUGGUAAUAUGAAGCUACAUAAGAAAAUACAUGCGGGUGAUAAGCUGUAUUCAUGUACCAUAUGUGAUAUCAGUUUCCAUCAUCCUAGUGCAUUAAAGAGACAUAACAAAAUUCAUACUAAUGAGGAAGAAACCUUUACAUGUAACGUGUGUGGAAAAAGUUUCAAUAAUCCAUAUAAAUUGAAAGCACAUAAUAGAACACAUACAGGUGAAAAACCCUAUUCAUGUAAACUAUGUGAAAAGAGUUUCAGUAAAUCUGGUGAUUUGAGGAGACAUACUCGAAUACAUACUGGUGAAAAGCCAUACUCAUGUAAUGUAUGUGGUAAGAGUUUCAAUGAUUUUGGCAACAUGAAGAAACAUAAUAAAAUGCAUACCAGUGAAAAGACUGAAAUGCAAAUUGCAACUGAUAAUGUAUUAUAAUAGUUAUUAAAGAGAUGCAGAGGGAGGUAGUUUUCGUAUAUUUUACAUAAAUUAAAGAAAACACAAGAUUUUAAAAGAGAAGAAGUAGAAUGUUUUAUUUUUCAAGAAACUUUUUAGUAUCCAUCUACAGGAUCUACUUUACAGUUGAAGAAGAAGUUGAAGCCACAAAACCUGAGAGUUGAACAAAGACAUUUAUGAACUAUACGUCACUGGAACGGUUGGCUCGGUGGAAAAGCGCUCGCAUGGAACGUGAGAGGAUGUGGAUUCGAGUUCCGCAUCGGUCAUAAAUUUUGUGUUCAAUUUUAAUUUAUGUAAUUAAUCCCAGAAGUUAUCCACUUUUAAAAAAACAAGAAAUUGUAAUUAACUAUUGAUUGAAAAAUAUAAGUGACCCUGCCCACUUAGCUAGAGCUUGCACCUACCAGGAUUCCAACCCGUCCCGGGUGCAAACAUUUAUAUGAUGAAUAUGAAUGUUUGUUUCCGAGUCAUGGAUGUUUAUAUGUAUUUAUGUAUGUUUAAUUAAGUAUAUUGUAUUAAAUAUAUCGUUGUCUUGUACCCAUAGUACCGGCUAUGCCUAGUUUGGGGUGAGAUCAUUUGUGUAAAAGUGAUAUAAUUCAUUCAGCAAGCCGGUAUUGCCACAUGAAUAUAUACAACAAGAUGUACAUACUAGAAAAAUAAACAAAAUACUAGUAUU